AUGGGCUCAGUACUUGAGGAUGUCAUGAGUAAACGGGCUGAAUAUCAAGAAAAUUGCACCAAAUCUUUAGCAGCCACCUAUUUCACAAGAACUGGAAUUUAUUGCAAUGGGACAUUUGACCUUUUUGUCUGUUGGCCACACUCAUCCCCUGGCAACGUGUCUGUGCCCUGUCCCAUAUAUCUACCCUGGAUUAAUGAGGGAGGCUCAGAGAACGUGUACAGGGAGUGCACCCCCACAGGCACUUGGCGGAAGAUAAAAAAUUCCACAGAUGUGUGGCGGGACCAGUCAGAGUGCUUCAACCCACAUUACUUCAGAAAACAGGAAGAAGAUGUGCUCCCGCUGUCAGCCCUGCGCAUAAUCUCCAUCAUCGGAUACUCCCUGUCUUUCUUCUCUCUGUUACUGGCGGUCUUCAUUCUGGCUGUGCUGAGGAAGCUUCACUGCACAAGAAAUUACAUCCACAUAAAUCUGUUUGUGUCAUUCAUAUUACGUGCAGCAGCCAUCAUUCUAAAAGAAAUAAUCCUCCAUGUCAUGUACACUAACCUACCCAGUGAUGAAACUGGCUGGAAUGGAUAUUCCAAUUCAAUGAUCUCUGUAAUCUGCAAGGCGACUCAAGUGCUCAUGCAUUACUUUGUGGGAGGGAAUUACUUCUGGCUGUUAGUGGAGGGGGUAUUCCUCAACACUCUGUUGUUCACUGCAGUGCUCACCAAGAGACGGUUACUGAAGAAGUACUUGUUCAUCGGCUGGGGAACUCCUGUCUUGUUUGUAGUGCCCUGGACAGUAACCAAAAUCUUGUAUGAAAACCAAGGAUGCUGGUCCAAUAAGAAACAAUGGAUCUGGUGGAUAAUCAAAGGACCAAUAACCUUAUCUGUUGCAAUUGUUUUUUACAUAUUCAUCAAAAUUAUAAUAUUGCUGCUUUCCAAGUUACAAGCAGACCAGGGGAAAUUCACUGACUACAGGUGUAGUUUAGCCAAAGCAACGUUGGUGUUAAUUCCAUUGUUGGGGAUUCAUGAGGUGGUUUUCACGUUCAUCCCGGAUGAAUCCGUAGAGGGACAAACUCGCUACAUCCGCAAUUUCAUCAAUCUCACAAUGAGCUCCUUCCAGGGCCUCAUUGUUGCCAUCUUAUACUGCUUUGCCAAUGGAGAGGUCCAAGCAGAACUCAAGAAGCGAUGGCAGCUCUUCAUCUUUGCCAACCGCUUAGACAUGGACGACUGCUUCCAGGGGACGCGGUUCAAAUACCUGUGGAAGUGCUCGAGAAAACGGCCUGCCCAUGGCUUCAGCCAGAGUGGGCACUGUGAGAAGGCCAGUGGUCCCUCCAAUGUGCAGCUCCUCCAGGUGACCGUCAGGACCAGAGGGCAGAUCCAGCACUGCCGGCCCACGGGUGUGGCACGCUACGCCCGCGGAAGCCUCUCCAGCAGUGAAGGGGAGAUGACUAUGGGGGAAACCAUGGAGGAGAUCCUGGAGGAGAGCGAGUUUUAA